UGGGGGUGAGCAUAAUGAGCCCAAUUGAGCCUAGUCUUUGUACUUCAUAAAACCUUUGUUGCAAGCUACUGGUGAAAGUUUGUGGUGAACCAAACACUCACGUAAUUGAAAUAAUUAUAAUCGUUUUAUUUCCAUGACUACCUUGGAGCCUACCCAAAGCAAGGACGAUUCGGAUGAUUCUCUGUGAAUCCCAAAUUCGGUUCCUAUCAAAGUUAAAACCGUUAGACCACCUCUAAAUUUCCUCGCGUGAGACCCUCAUGGGAGGCAAGACAUUGACCACUGAAGGAAACGCAAAAAAAAAAAAAAAAAAAAAUACACGGACAUGAAGAGGCAGUGUGAGAGCUAGAAGAGAAAAUGAAGGAGCAAUAUCCCAAGCAUUUUGUCUAAAUACUUCCUAAAUUUUGGGACGAAAUUUCUUUUAAGGAGGGUAGAAUGUAACAACCCAAAAUUUUAUAAGGAGUUUUAUCGAGAUCAAAUAAAAGCACGGUGCAGCUAAUAUUGAGAUUUUUUUUUUCAAGGCAACUUAUAACUUUUGUGCGUUAUUUAGCAAUUAUUUUCGAUGAAUAUUUACAGAAUAAAUCCAAAAUAAAAGUUGUUAAUGUCCGACAUAUCCAUCGGAAGUUCGAACAAGUCUACUGAUACCAAUUUAUCGAAUCCUAAUCUAAAUCAAUUGGGGAGAAAUGUGCGAGUGUCGAAUAACCAGUUCGAUGGUUGUAGUAUUUUCCAAGGAAGCCCGAUGUAUCACCCAUGUUCCCUACAUAGAGAUUUUCUUUCCUACAUAAGAAGAAAGUUAGAGAGAGUGAGAUACAUUAGUUAUAAAUGAAAUCUACAUGUAUAUACUUAGGAAAAAUCAAAUGAAAUCCAAUAGUAGAAAUGAGUAGAAUUAAUAGACGGAUGAGAUUUAUCCCAAAUCCAAACACAAUCUUUGAAAAGAUUUUAGGCAGUAAACUUCCCCAAGUUUAAACCUUCCCCAUGUAAACCUUCCCCAUGUUAAACCUUCCCCAAGUUUAAACUCCCCACAACUUGCAUAGCAACUUGCAAAUGAACAAGUAUAUAAACCCCCCCCCCCCUCCCCCACGUAUUUGCACUUUCAAGUACCCAUCACUAUCAAACAUCCCAAAACUUCUCUACACACACACAUAUUUCGAAUGGGAGAUUAGGAGCAAGAGAUGGGAUAUUGCAGUGCAGAUAAUUAUGGAGUCCAACCCAACAAUCCAUCAUCACUUUAUUCCCAAGGGCUAUCUCCGUGAGUUAAGGGUGGAGUCGGAACGAAAGAUUCAAGUUAAGGGAACUAAACAAUCAAGGUUGAGCAGCGAAAUAGUGGAGGAAGUGCUAUUGAGACAAGAUACUUAAUUCAGUCAGAUUUUGA